AUGAGAGUGACAUGUUGCAAACAGGAGGUGGAGAACAAAGAGAUCUUUCUCUCUUGUUAUUUGGAUUUUAUAUUUCACAUGGACCCUUAUCUGGGCAUCUUCUUCCUCACCCUCUUCUUCCAAUCCUGCUGUACCUGGUCAGUGAAUAAUUUCCUGAUGACGGGCCCCAAGGCCUACCUCAUCUACUCCAGCAGUGUGGCGGCGGGGGCGCAGAGCGGCAUCGAGGAGUGCAAGUUCCAGUUCGCCUGGGACCGCUGGAACUGCCCCGAGAGGGCACUGCAGCUCUCCAGCCACGGCGGGCUGCGCAGCGCAAACCGGGAGACCGCUUUUGUCCAUGCCAUCAGCUCCGCAGGCGUCAUGUACACACUGACCCGGAACUGCAGCCUGGGGGACUUUGACAACUGUGGCUGUGACGACUCCCGCAAUGGACAGCUGGGUGGGCAAGGCUGGCUGUGGGGAGGCUGCAGCGAUAACGUGGGCUUUGGGGAAGCCAUUUCCAAGCAGUUUGUGGAUGCCCUGGAAACUGGACAAGAUGCCAGAGCUGCUAUGAACCUGCAUAACAAUGAGGCAGGUAGAAAGGCUGUGAAAGGGACCAUGAAGAGGACUUGCAAGUGUCAUGGUGUGUCGGGGAGCUGCACCACCCAGACCUGCUGGCUGCAGCUGCCUGAGUUUCGGGAGGUGGGCACUUACCUCAAGGAGAGGUACCACAAAGCCCUGAAGGUGGACUUGCUGCAGGGCGCAGGGAACAGUGCUGCCAGCCGGGGUGCCAUCGCCGAGACCUUCAGCUCCAUUUCCAAGAAGGAGUUGGUCCAUUUAGAAGACUCUCCUGACUACUGCCUGGAGAACAAGACGCUGGGGCUGCUGGGCACAGAGGGCAGGGAGUGCCUGAAGCGGGGCAAAGCGCUCAGCAAGUGGGAGAAGCGGAGCUGCCGGCGGCUGUGUGGGGACUGUGGGCUGGCAGUGGAGGAGAGGCGAGCUGAGAUGGUGUCCAGCUGCAACUGCAAGUUCCACUGGUGCUGCGCCGUGCGGUGCGAGCAGUGCCGCAAGCGCGUCACCAAGUACUUCUGUGUCCGCAAGGAGAAGCGGGAGCGCAGCAGCGGCGGGGCCGGGCGCAAGCUCAAGAGAAAGCUCUAA